GAGUUACGGAUCUUGUCCCGGUAACCAUUUGCCAGUGAACUGAUUUUAGGAAAUGAGAAUAUCUCUUGUCUCAUCAUCACACGCAAGACUUUUGGUAUAUAUUCACCGAAGUUGAUUGUUAUGUCAUUUGGACCGUAUGAGCAAGUAAAUUGCAUUGAGGUAAACGGAAGUUCCAAGCUCGUUUUCAGGUUUAAUACCAUUCGUCUUCCACAUUCACCAAAGAUGGAAUCGAAUAGAUAAUAAAACGGAAAAAAAGAGAGAGAGAGAAAAGAAGUAGAAUCUGAUGACUGAGCUCUAUGCACGUCCCCUAGGUCAGUCUAUGCACACGUCGGGGGCUUUUAGGGAGAGAGCGAGCUGAUUGGCCCAUCGGGGUCACGUGACCACCCCUUGAUAAUAGCGAAGUGCAGUAGGCCUUGGUUGUAGUGUAGGCCUAUCAGUACGACCAUCAUCUGUCGCCCGAACGCUGUCAUGAGCGCUUAUUUCGCCGACACCCCGACUUCGCCCGGUUGGAAUGCCUCUUCCCAGGGGCAGUGCGCCUAUCUGGAGGGCACCAAGUACCCGGGAAGCUACGCGGAGAAUACCCAGGCCUACCAGCAGUAUAACUCUAUGCAGGGGUUUCGCUUUUACUCCUCGUACCCGAAUUACUAUGACCAGAAGACCUCGACGACGACCUCCUCCUCCUCCAAUUCCUACGACCAGACAGCACUGACCUGCCCCUCCGCCUACGACACCCACCACCACUAUUACGACGCCCUCGCGACGACGCUGCACGACCAGACCUCUGCCUUAUCGUCGCCGCCCUUCUCAGUGCCCUCUCACCCAGCAGUGCCUUUGUCGAGAACGCCGCCCGUGAACAGUGACUUCGUCGUGUCGUCGAAGAUAAACGCUUACAAUAACAGUGAUAUUAUUCCUUCGUCGGGAGUGACCUCUCCUGCGGCGGGGGCGGGGGCAGCGCCUCCUCCUGCAGGAGCGCCCUGUGCUUUCAGUUCGCCCGAUACCUUCAACCUGACUUACUCAGGGACUACGGACGCCCUCAUGCAGCCUUAUACCUCGAAGACUCAGUCUCCCUCGCAGUUUUACCAGUGGGUGAAGGCCUACCCAGCAGGUCAGGAAUCGGCGGCAGGUCCCAAACGAACGCGCCAGACCUACACCCGAUUUCAGACCCUGGAACUGGAGAAGGAGUUCCACCUGAACCGCUAUCUCACCCGCCGGAGGAGGAUCGAGAUCGCCCACAGCCUGGCGCUGACGGAGCGCCAGAUCAAGAUCUGGUUCCAGAACCGGAGGAUGAAGGCGAAGAAGGAGACGAAGGUAGGCAGCGAGGGAACAGAGGAGGCGAGCGAAGUUCCGGAGCAGAAGGUCGUGUUGCCGACGAACGUUUCGACAGCCACUAUUGAACACGUCUUCACUCAAGAUAUAAAGCCAUUGAUAGCUACUUGAAAAUAAUUAACUUUUCCAAGUGCCCGUUAUAUAUGUAUGUAUGUAUGUACGUAUGCGUGCAAUA